AUGAUUCGAGUGCGGAAGUCACCUAUAUCAGAGUGGGCCACAACUCUCAUUGCCUGGAUGGCUCUCUCUGAAUCUAGCCUGAGGCUUGACAAGGGGGCGUUCGAGGAUCUCUGCACGUUCAGAAACAGCAGACGGGCUCCUCCUCCUGGCCUGAAUCUGGAAGCUGUGAUCUCUUCCUGUGCUGGUCUUGUCGUCGUCGAUUCAGAGGGUUAUCUUGAUUUCUUCCACGGUACAGCGAAGUCAUUCUUUACUUCGGACCGAGAUUAUUGGUUUCCGAGUAUGGCGCGAGAACAAGCAGAAACCUGCUGUGAAUACCUGUCUAUGGCGGCCUUUGAGUCUGGGCCUUGCAAGACGGACUUUAGAUGGGAUGAGCGAAUGGUGAUGCAUCCGUUCUAUGCCCACGCUGCAACAUCAUGGGGAAAGUACGCGCGGAAGGCUUUGGACCAGGAAAAGAGUUCGAGUGACCCGCGCAUUGGUGAAACCCUGCGGCGAGCCAUCACAACCUUCCUCAGCAGCGGAAAAGCUGUUCAGGCUGCUAUGCAAGUUGUGGACGCAUUCAAAAGAGACGACUCGAAUGUGCCAGAAUGGGGCCAAGUUCAUGAUCGCCUAAGCGUUGAAGUCGCAGCAUACUUCGAGUUGACCGAGAUUGUCGACAUGCUACUACUUGUAGAAGCCGCGAAGUCCGGAAAAGUGUCUGAAGUCCGCCGUCUUCUCAAACAGGGAACAUAUGUCCAUGGAUUCGGGCCAGACAGCCCACUCCGUUCUGCAAUAUUGAAUGGCCACAAGGACGUCGUGGGAGUGCUGCUGGAAUAUGGCACCGACGCCAACUCUGGCUCUGCAUGCGAAUAUCCAUUGGACUGGGCCAUGGACAUGGAAGGGGAGAUUGGAGACAUCACACGCUUGCUCUUGGACUAUGGGGCCGAUCCUACAAAGAUACGCACCAACCUGCUAAGCUUCGCCGUCAGGGAUGAGGACAUGAACAUGGCGAAACUGCUUAUUGGCAAGGGCGUAGAUAUCAACGCAGCAGACGAGAGCAGAUGGACGGCGCUUCACUUUGCAGCUAUGAAUGGGUUGCUGGACUUUGUCCUGAUCCUGCUAAAGCACUUACCCGUCGCGACUGCUGCGGACUUGAUGGGGAGAACGCCACUUGACUACGCGGAACAGAAUGGUAAAGAGGCUGUUGUCCGCAGACUUAGGAAGUAUAUGCAUGAGACCAUUUGA